AGCUUCGCGGUGCGGAUUAACGGGCGGUUUCCAAGCUGGUCGCAGGAAUUAGGCGUUCGUCCUUGUCUCGCAAGUGGCGUGGGCUGGCUGAAGCCGGUAGUUGAGGUGCUGAGGGCUGCUGUAGUGGGAGUUGUUCGAGCAUCCACUUGGUUGAAAUUGAAGCUUACUCUUGAAGAUGGCAGACCCAGAUGUUCUCACUGAAGUUCCAGCAGCAUUGAAGCGGUUAGCCAAGUAUGUCAUCCGGGGCUUUUAUGGCAUUGAGCAUGUGCUGGCCUUGGACAUCUUGAUCCGGAACCCCUGUGUGAAAGAGGAGGACAUGCUGGAGCUGCUCAAGUUUGAUCGGAAGCAGCUUCGAUCUGUUCUGAAUAACUUAAAGGGAGACAAGUUCAUCAAAUGCAGAAUGAGGGUAGAGACUGCUGCAGAUGGGAAGACGACCCGCCAUAACUACUACUUCAUCAAUUACCGCACCCUUGUCAAUGUAGUGAAAUAUAAGCUGGACCACAUGAGAAGGAGGAUUGAAACAGAUGAGAGAAAUUCCACCAAUCGGGCUUCCUUCAAAUGUCCUGUCUGCUGCAGCACUUUCACUGACUUAGAGGCUAAUCAGCUGUUUGACCCCAUGACAGGAACUUUCCGCUGCACCUUUUGCCAUACAGAGGUAGAAGAAGAUGAAUCAGCAAUGCCCAAAAAAGAUGCUCGCACACUUUUGGCAAGAUUUAAUGAACAAAUUGAGCCCAUUUAUGCAUUGCUUCGAGAGACAGAGGAUGUAAACUUGGCCUACGAAAUACUUGAACCAGAACCCACGGAAAUCCCAGCCCUGAAGCAGAGCAAAGACCGAGCAGCAACUGCUGCUGGAGCUGCCGGCCUGGCAGGUGGGCACCACAAGGAGGCGUGGACCAGCAAAGGGCCCUCCUAUGAAGACUUGUAUACUCAGAAUGUUGUCAUUAACAUGGAUGACCAAGAUGAUGUGCAUCGCACCUCGCUGGAAGGGAAAUCUGCCAAAGAGAGACCCAUUUGGUUGAGAGAGAGCACUGUUCAAGGGGCAUACAGUUCUGAAGAGAUGAAGGAAGGUGGCAUCGAUGUGGACACGUUUCAGGAGCGCGAGGAAGCCCGUGCGGGGCCUGAUGACAACGAGGAGGUCAUGCGGGCUCUGCUCAUUCAUGAGAAGAAGACUUCUUCGGCGACAGCUGGCUCCGUGGGAGCAGCCGCUCCGGUGACUGCUGCUAAUGGCAGUGACUCUGAGAGUGAGACCAGUGAGUCAGACGAUGACUCUCCACCCCGGCCAGCUGCCUCGGCUCCUCCUCAUCGUGAUGAAGACGAGGACGACGAUGAGUUUGAGGAAGUAGCAGAUGACCCCAUUGUUAUGGUGGCUGGCUGUCCAUUCUCCUACAGUGAAGUUAGCCAGCGGCCAGAGCUGGUAGCCCAGAUGACACCGGAAGAGAAGGAAGCAUACAUAGCCAUGGGUCAGCGUAUGUUUGAGGAUCUCUUUGAGUGAGGUUUCCCUGCUUUUUCCUGCUGCUAGCUCAUUUCAGAGAGAAACUUCCAUCAAGUGCUCAAGGGGCUUCCUGCCUGUUUAUGUAAAGCACCUCUUAAUCUAAUACAGAGGCAUAGGAGAGAAAAUUUGAUUUUUUUUUUUUAUGUAAGAAACUUCUCAGAAAGGUAGGUAGGCUAUAACUGUUCAAUUCCCUCUUAUUACUAAAGUAUUAAUAUUUUUCUCUAUUUCCUUAACUAAUUUUUUCCUUUCCCUUUUAAGAUAUAUUUUUCUCACCCUGACUAAAAUGUUCCUGUCUGCCUUAGAACCCUGCUAGGGAUAAACUCACCCUAGCAUUGUAACUGCCCUGUGGUCAGGCAUUUGAGACAUUCCCUUAUACUCCUGUCAACCAAAGCGGCUUGCCGAGAAGCAGAUCACUGCUUAGGGGAACACCCAAACACUUCAUUUCAUCUUCACAAUUGAGUGUGGGGCCAACCUGUAAAAGGAGUGACAGUACAGGAGAGAGGGUGCCUGAAUCUUAGGUUUGUGUGUAAACUAGAAACCAUGUCCGUAGACCCGAUAAGGCUGGUAGAUUGUUUAGUUUUUGUAGACCUUUCGGGUUAUACUUUAGGUGACAGGUAACAAAGCAGGUUAGAUUUACCCUCGUGGAGAAAUUCAAGGAGCACAUGCACGAAGGGUACGAGUCUGCAUCCAGGAUUGAAGAACGGAGAGCACUGGGAACUGAGCCUUAGAGCUGCCUCAGUGCCAUUUGAAGAUCUCUGAUGUAAAGCUGAAAAUGGCUCCACUUCCCCACUUGCUCUGUAGACCUGUGCCAGUGCUCUAAAUUAAGGAGCCAUUCCAGUACUGAGCAGUAUAGAAGCACUGAUUCCUCCGCUCUCCUCACUGUCUUCUAAAGGUCACAAAGCCUUUAUUUGUCUCUCCUUGGAGCCUCAUCAGACAUGUACAUCAGUGCCUCUGCUGUGUUGUUGAGCAUUGUAACCUCAAGGAAUAUAGUCAUUAGCAUGGGAGUCAUUCCUUAAGGUGGAACUCGAAAAAUAAAGGACUUUUAUAUAAGGUCUACGACAAUUAAACUUUUAUAGUAUUUUCCCUUGCAUUGUGACUUUUAGUUAUCUUUUUGUAUUUAUGUGUGAAGCUAAGAACAUUUUAGAGAAUCUGAGCCUUGUGUAAGAUGAUGACAUAUUUACCUGAUUGUUGGAUGACUAAAUAUUGACAGUCUACUUACUACAGGUUAAAACUGGUUAAUUUCUAGCUCUAACCUCUUGGAGCCUAGCUAGAAUGAGCACUCUUGCCGUUUAAAGAUGUUAGAGGCUUCACACUGGUCAUCAUCUAAUAGCAUGGGUGCAAUUCUAUGUGAUUUAAACCUUUUUUGGCAAUGAGUUGCCUUAAAAAACCUUUUUAUGUAUUUAUCUUAAAUACAUGGACUGUUCAACUUUAAAAUUUUGUUUUUUAAAGUUUCAUGGUUGUAGAAAGAUGUUAGUUUUUAAAAUAUUAAUUUUUAAACUGUAUGUUCCUUGUUGCAUUUUAUAUGAAAUUGUGUAUGAGUAUGCAUUUCAGUAGUGGAAAAAUGUAUUAGUAAAGGCAUUCAUUAAAGCAGCGUUUGAAAUAGA